UGUUUUAACUGAAAACAACAUUGAAAUGCAAAUUGUGUUGAAUUGACGUUAAUUUAGUAUUUAUUGUUAAUUAAAGUUUGUUAAGGAUUUGUGGACAUCGAUGUCGACCAGACAUAGUGGUAGAGGCGGUCACAACGCCAACCUAAUUGAGAUCAAAUCAAAGUUUGACGCCGAGUUUCGUCGCUUUUCAUUAGACAGAAGCGAAUUACAUAAAUUUGAUGACUUCUUCAAACUCAUUGAACACUUCCAUAAACUCUUUUCCGUAUCCUUUUGUAUCUUCUAUUCGGAUCCAAUUCACGGAGACUUACUUCCAAUCAAUAAUAACGACAACUUUCUAAGAGCCAUACUCUCAGCCAAACCAUUGCUCAGACUUAUUAUACAAAGAAAAGGUGAGAGUUUGGAGCACUUAAAUGGGUUGUCGAAAAAGAAAAAUUUUUUAGGUUUAAGUAAUAUUCUUCCUCUGCCUUCCUCAUCGUCACCACAUAAAAAUAAAUUAUCAAUUGGUUUACCCGAAGACUUUCGUCAGGUGUCUUCAAUAAUAGAUGUCGAUAUUGUUCCUGAAACCUGUCGACGAGUACGACUCGUCAAACACGGAUCUGACAAACCGCUCGGUUUUUAUAUACGCGACGGUACUUCAGUUCGUGUAACACCACACGGCCUCGAAAAGGUGGCCGGAAUUUUCAUAUCACGACUUGUACCGGGAGGUCUGGCUGAAAGUACUGGCCUAUUGGCUGUUAAUGAUGAGGUGCUUGAAGUGAAUGGCAUUGAAGUAUUGGGAAAGUCAUUGGAUCAGGUCACAGACAUGAUGGUAGCCAACUCUUCCAAUUUAAUAAUUACAAUAAGACCAGCCAAUCAACGAAACAUUCCCAUCUCAACAAUGCGCGGCUCUUAUUAUCGUUCAUCACAGUUAUCGCAGGAUUCAAGUCAUAACUCGGCAUUGAGUGCAUCUGAUGAUGAAGAAGAUGAGGUCAAGGAUUUUAUCACACCUACUGUUAAUAACAUUUCCACCACUGCGUCAAGUAUUUCAAAUGUUAAUAUAAUUACUACUACUUCUGCUACAACAACAACAACUACUACUACUACUACUACUACUACUACUAAUACCAAUAAUAGUAUUAAUAAUAUUAAUAAUACAAAUAACAAUAAUAACAAUACUUCAACAAAUAAUAGUAAAAGUGAUUUAAUUAAUGACAACGAUGUGGUCACGCUAUGA